AUGGCUUCCAUUUCUCAUGGCCAUGAGUAUGAUGUCGAAGAAAUUCGGCAAAGCGAUUAUCCGAUGUUAAAAGGAGAGACAUACCUAGAUCACGCAGGUACAACCCUAUAUUCAAGCAGUUUACUCAAGGAAUACAUGGAAAAUAUGACCAAAAGUAUAUAUGGGAAUCCCCAUUCUGGUUCAACAUCCUCUCAACUUGCAACUGCCCGUGUCCAGAAGACCCGCGAACAUGUACUGCAGUUUUUUCGUGCAGAUCCAGAGCACUUUGAUCUCGUGUUCGUACUAAACGCAACAAAUGCGAUGAAGCUCGUAGCGGAGGCAUUCACCUCUCAUGGCAAACGGUUAUGGUAUGAAUAUCACUUGGAGUCACAUACGAGUGCUGUCGGGAUCCGGGAGCUCGCUAGUGCAGGACGUCAUUGCUUCGAGUCAAACAAUGAAGUUGAAAAUUGGCUUGAAGAAGGACAUCUAGUCACUGGAAAUCAAAUUGAAAACACCAUAAUGAAUGGGUCUGCAACUCAGUCUCAAGAAUUAGGGCUUUUUUCUUAUCCAGGACAAUCCAAUAUGACUGGGGCUAGACUGCCGCUGAAUUGGGUCGGACGGUUGAGGCACUCAAAAAAUCCGGCCCACGAUCGCGUGUAUACACUUCUGGAUGCUGCUGCAUUGGCGUCAACUACUCCAUUGGACUUCAGCGAUCCUGAAGAGGCGGCAGAUUUUACGGCUAUCAGCUUUUACAAGAUCUUCGGAUUCCCAGACCUUGGAGGGCUGAUUGUCCGAAAAGGUUCAGCACAUUGUCUGUUGCAACGCCGUUAUUUUGGCGGAGGCACAGUCGAUAUGGUUGUUUGCAAUGGGGAUCCAUGGCAUUCCAUGAAAGAUAGUUCUGUCCAUGGAGCUCUUGAAGAUGGCACACUGCCCUUUCACAGCAUAGUAGCUCUAGACUAUGCCCUGGCCACUUAUCAAAGACUGUACGGCUCCCUUGAGCAUGUCACUCGACAUACGUCAAGGUUAAUAUCCCAGAUGUACCACAAGUUGACUGCUUUACGACACCAAAAUGGCAAGAAAGUUUGUGAGGUCUACAAGGACCUUCAGCGAAUUAUUGCCUUCAACAUCAAAUCUGACGAUGGAUCAUGGGUCAAAUUGUCAGACCUUGAAAAUGCUGCUAACGAGCAACAUAUCCAUAUUCGGAUAGGGGAUGUAUGUAAUCACGGAGGUUUUGCGAGACACCUUGGACUAGAAGCAUGGGAGCUCAUCAGGAGCUUUAGGGCUGGGGUUCGCUGUGGUUGUAAGAAUGUCAUGAUUGGCGAUAAACCCUCUGGAAUUGCCAGAGUGAGCCUAGGCGCCAUGAGCAACAUGGAAGAUGUCGACACUUUUGUGAACUUUAUCCGACAAACUUUCACCUCUAGGGUGUCUUUAUACAUACAAAAUAUCUUGAUCUACCCGAUUCGGGGGUGCAGCGCUUGGUGGGUUGAUGACGGAGCUUCAGUGGACAUCGCAAGUCAUGGUCUAUACUGGGAUGCACAAUGGUGUUUAGUCGACCUCCAAACAGGCACCAUAAUGACACCAAAACGGUACCCUCGGAUGUUCCUCGUGUAUCCGGAAAUAGAUCUCUCUGCUCGUAUCCUUAGGAUUCGAGUACAUCGAUCUGUAUGGACUCAUUCUAUGACCGAUCAAUUUCUAACAGUGUUCCUUGAUCAUGAAGAUUCGAAUGAUAUCAUGUUUUGGGACGAGGAGAGACGCAUAAGUGUACAACUCCUUUUGUACAAAGAGCCAGACAUUCAAGCAUUCUUGACAUCCGCUCUGGGUAUUCCUUGCACCUUGGCCAAGAUUCUUAAAGAGCAAGUUGCGGAUGGUAUACUAUCUGAAACAAACACAGAUAAUCUCGAUGAAAUUACUAUCACCAAUGAUUGUCGGCCGCUUGAUUACUCUUGGCUACGAGGCAAAGCACCGAAAGCUAACGGUGCUCAGCGGCCUCGCCAAGUCUCUGUUGCUGAAACUCUGGGUGCCAACAUCGUGCUCUCCCCUCUAAGCGAAAAUGUAGGGCCUGACCAGAGCAAAGGCUUGCAUUUUGCGUACAUAGAUGAUGGCAAGACCUUGUUCCAAAUUCAAGGAGGACAGGUCGUCUCAUUCUGA